AUGGAUGCUGAUUGUAUUUGGAAAUUUCAACAUUAUUCAUUAGUAUCUUAUUAUUUAUCAAGACCAUCUCUACCACCACCAUUUGUUAUUAUAAUACAUCUUUGGCGUUUAAUACUCUAUUUUUUCUCGACUUACAUUAAAUCACCAUGGUUUCGUAAGAAAUAUCGUGAACAUAAAAAUCGAUCGAAAUUUAAAAUUGUUGCUGAUUAUGAAUUAACGAGAAAAAUUGAAUCAAUUGAAGAUGCAAUUGGUAAUGAAGUUUAUUAUUUUUUUUUGAAAACUGAUCGAAAAGUAGUCGAUUGUCAAAUUGAUUUUGACGAAGACCGAGUACAUUCACCACAAGAGACCAUAUUAAACAAAAUAAAAAAACUAGAAAAUCAAGUUCAACUAAUACAAAAUCAACAAGUGAAUAUGUUCGAAUAUCUAGAAUUUUUAAUGAAUGGAAUAAAAAAGAUCGGUGGUGAUGAUAUUGAAAUGCCUAAACGAUAUCAUGUAGUGUCUGAUAUAUCGUGUCGCGGUCGUAGUCAUAUGAUUUCUAAUUUUCUUGUUCAACAUCCUUGUGGACCAUUUUUUGAACUUGGUGAAAAUGAAUGGAAACAAGGUGUCGGAAAAUAUAAAUUAUUAAGUGCCGAUGGUGAUGUUAAUUGUCUUGAUCGAACAGCAACAGCUAUUAUUAUUAUUAUUGGAACAGACGCGUAUUUCGAUAAUGAUACGAUUCUGAGACAGUCUGAAAGGCGAUUUCGAAUGCUAGAAUUCAAACAACAAUAUAAGAAUAAUCAAAUAGAAAUUAUCGUGGACAACGAAAGAACUCACAUUACCAAAUCCUAUUCAUUACAAGACUUUGGUAAAAGCGUUGGUACUCAUUGUCCGGUCGAACAAAUCGAAUAUGUUGAUGAAAAUGGCACAACAAGGAUUAUUGAUUGUUAUUUUAAAGCGGAAAAACACAAAGGUCAAUCAAAAGAUUUAGUUGAACUAUGUAAAGAUUUAGGCGUACAACCACCAGCUAAAAUUAAAUUAGAUGAAAUUAUUAAAAUACCUUCAACACAUCGAGCUUUCCAAAAUGCUACAAAACUUGACAUGCUAGGAAUUAAAUAUAAAAUUAAGAUUGUAUACUGCCCUAAAUAUCAUUGCGAACUAAACGCAAUUGAAGGUCUCUGGUGUAAUCAAAAGGCAUUUGUUCCUUCAUGUACAGAUCAAAACUGUAAAAACAUGAUAAAACUAAUAUCGGAUUCGCGCAUACAUUUCAUCGAACGAAAAACUGUAUUAAAAUUACUUCGACGUUUUGGGGGUUCGAUUGAAGCAUAUUCUCAACGUCAAACAUAUGCUGACGUAUUAAAACUGUUUUUCAGCUAA